AUGGUGGACAAUCAUUCUUCUGAUCGACACCAUUCAGUUACUUUUGAUCUUAAAAAUCUUAKUUCAGAACCUCAAAGGCCAAAAUCGAGUGCUGCAAAAGAAAAGAGCUCCUCUGGAAAUUCUGCAAAUGCUACAAGAAUUGAAAGAAUAUGUAAAUCAGUAGCCUUUUUCAUAGUGCUUAUUGCGUUCGUUGUUCAUCURGUACGGGCAUUAAAUUCAGGAUUAGACACAUGUGACUUAAUGUUUAGCUCUGGAUGGUGGCGGGGUAAAACAUGGCAACCGUAUGGCUGUAUGAUGCACAGAUACAUUCCAAGUGAAGUGAGGACGUGCUUGCAGAAUCAGCCAAUUGCAUUUGUUGGUGAUUCAAGAAGUCGUGGUCUAUUCUUUGAAUUAGUGAAGACACUAAAUCCUUCAUAUGACAUCAAUGGAAAACAGCACCAUAAUAUACUUUAUUCUGAGGGGAACAUUAGUAUUAAUUUCUACUGGCAAUUUAAUCCAGACAAGUCAAUGGAGGACUUAUUUAAACAGUGGAUAAAAAAUUCAAAAGGGAGACCACAGCUUAUCAUUUCAGGAAUAUCAGCUUGGGCUAUCAAAUAUCAAGGUUUAAAGUCAUCCACUGCUUAUCAGAAAAAUCUAACUGUCCUAAAAGAGGCAAUUGAUGUGUUGUCUAAGAUAAAUUAUAAACCUAAGGCGAAGUUUCCAGUGUCACCACUUAAGUCUCCAUUUCCUGAAUCUCCUGUAGUAUUAUGGAUGAAACAAGAACCAGUGGUAUACAAUAAGCUGAGCAAAUCAAGAAAAUUAAUCACAAACAGAAAAAUAGAGAUUUUUAAUCAAAUUGCAGAUGAAGUCUUUUCAAAUUCAUCUGUGAAAAUAAUUCAUGCAUCAUCAUUAGUAGCAGAAGGACAGCCCCACUCCUCCCCUGAUGGUCUUCAUUAUGGAAGACCAGUGAGCACUGUGGAGCUUGACUUCAUUCUGAAUUUCUACUGUAAUAAGUACAUGCAAGUAUCAGAUGCAACAUGCUGCGUAGAAUCACCAAGAAUUACAAGACUACAAUACAAUGCCAUUGCUGUCUUUGUUACAUGUAUUUUACAAUGUUCAGGUGUUGAGGCCACUACCCCUGGGGGUCAUGCCAGCUCAUCUCUUCGUUGGAUAUACUCUGAUCAUAUGUACCCUGURAUGAAGAACAUUGCUAUAUUUGGAGUUAUAAUGUUUUAUUUUUAUCUAUGUGACAGAACAAAUGUGUUUUUCAAGGAGCACAAGCAAUACAGUAACUUAGUUUUUGGAGUAAGCAUGUUAUCUUYUCUAGCUUUUGGAGCAUAUACGUGGACACCAGCAGAGCAGGUAGUMGUACUGAAUCGAGAGCAGACAGAGGAAUGGAGAGGCUGGAUGCAGCUUGUAAUUUUGCUUUAUCACUACAUUGGUGCAAGCAAGGUACUGCCCAUCUACGUGUUCAUCCGCCUUCUCGUAGCAUCUUACUUGUUCAUGACGGGUUAUGGGCACUUUUCGUUCUUUUGGAAGAAAGGAGAAUACGGCCUGUUUAGGUUUUGUCAGGUAAUGACGCGAAUGAAUAUCUUCACAGUAGGACUGUGUCUGGUGAUGGGCCGUCCCUACCAGUUUUAUUACUUUGUACCACUCGUCUCGUUCUGGUUUGUUAUUGUUUAUGUCACCAUGGCUGUCUUCCCACACGUCACUGCAGCAUCAGUUAGAGAUGAUCCAAAGCAAUACAUAUUUAUAUGGUUAAAAUUCUUCGUCUUAUUUGGUGUCAUAUAUGUUGUAUGGACUUCUCCGGUGCUGUGUGACUGGGUCUUCUCGCAAUGGGCUGUAAAAGAAUUAUUCAUUGAUGAAAAUGAUAGCGUAAGGGAAUGGAGAUUCAGGUCGUGGCUCGAUAGAUACAUUGUUUUAUAUGGUAUGAUAUUCGCGUUUGCAUAUAACACUGCAAAAGAAGUUCGAGUACUGGAUGAUACAAGUUUAAAAAGAUUGUUCAAUCCUACCCACACUACUGUWACUCUUUUCCUGUCUGCGUUAGCAUUAGUGGUUUACGUGAUUCAAGCAUUUACCUGUAGCAAUAAACCGUCCUGUAACGCUACUCAUUCUGUUGCUUCUUGUGUACCAAUAACUGCAUUCAUUCUUCUACGAAACGGUCCUUCAUUCCUUCGCGCUAAAUUCAGUCGUUUCUUCGCAUGGGUUGGGACGAUUUCUCUUGAGCUGUUCGUUGGUCAGUACCAUAUUUGGUUGGCUAAAGACACCAAGGGAGUACUGGUACUAAUACCUGGUCAACCUCUACUCAACGUCAUCGUCACUACAUUCGUUUUUGUAUGCAUAGCACACGAGGUGCACAAAGUUUCCGCUGUCCUAACCAAGGCCUUGAUAUCACGUGAUAUUACCACAAUGAUUCGUCGACUUUUCAUAUUUAUAAUAGCCUUGAUUAUCAUCUGGUGGCACAAAACACACCACACACUAAGACCUAGGUUGAAUUGAAAAGUAUAUCAGUUUUAUGAUAGAUAGUGUCAUCGCAAUGGCGUGCAGUCGAGUCGAAAAGCCGAGAGUUGACUUUUUAAAGUCUAGCUUGGUAGGGUAGCGAUGGGUAGCAGGCAGGUAUAGCGAAAUGAAAUCGAUACGGACUGCCACAGAAAAGAACUACUCGCUUAGUUUCGUAACGAGGUCCAACUACGAAUUUAUAAAAGCGCAUAGCCAUUGGCGCAUUCUACAUGUUUCAGCCAAUCUGUGGGUUUCUUUGAAAAAGUAACUUAAAUAUUAAGGAUCUAUAAGUACGCAAAAUGCAUGAAUGCGAAAAUUGCGGAGAAAUACAGCGCAGAGCCUCUGAGCAAGGAAACCAUGGCAAUAUAUUGAAGAUGAAUUAAUCAAAAUGAUAACUAGUCACAGGAAGAACGUAUUUUUUUCUGAUGAAUAUCUCUUUGAAACGAUAUGUAUAUAUUAGGGAUUGAUAGAAAUUAAUAUGAUAAAUUAUUUUACAAAGAAAUACAAGGGUAUAAUAAAAUUAAAGAUU